AGACCUCAAUGCUGGGGAGGAGGGGUCGCAGGGGAGUGCGGAGAUGGCAAUCGAGGCGUGUCCCGACCGGUACGACGCCGUCGAGGAGGGGGAGGCGUCUCCUGGCCUUGAACCAGAGGAGGGGGAGGCGUCUCCUGACCUUCAACCAGAGGAGGAGGAGGAGGAGGAGGAGGAGGAAGAAGAUGGGAGGCGGGCCAAGCGGGCGCCUUCGGACCUCAAUGCCGGGGAGGAGGGGGAGCAGGGGAGGGCGGAGAUGGCAAUCGAGGCGUCUCCCGACCAAGAGGGGGAGGCGUCCCCUGGCCUUGAACAAGAGGAGGAGGACGCGUCUCCUGGCCUUGAACCAGAGGAGGAGGAAGAGGAAGAGGAAGAGGAGGAGGAGACCAUCCUGGGGGCCUACCCAAGCCAUCGCCAUGGGGAGACGACGGAGAAGGCACCGAGCAGCUGCCGGACGCCGGACCCCGCAGGCGGCGCGGGGGAGGCGGUGAGGUGGAACCUCGCGGCGGCGCGCGCGGACAGGGACGCCUCGCUGCUGGCGGACAUGCUGUACUGGGGCAACAAGAGGAGCCUGCGCGCCCGGCGGCAGUUCCUCCCGGCGCUCCUGUGCGCCGCGGAGCCCCACGCGCUGGUCGUCGGCGCCGUCAGGGACUUCCUGGCCAGGGCCGAGCCCAAGAGCGACAAGAACUGGGAGAACUGCGCCUCGCUCCUCUGCUGCGUCCCCAGCCUCAGGGCCGAGCCGUCGGCAGCCACGCUGGAGCGGGCCAGACGGCUGGCGGAGGACUGGAGGGAGAUGAUCACCGGCAGGCCUGAAAGCUGCAGGGACCUCGGCCGGCUCGCCGUAUGGGGCCUUCUGCAGUUUCUUGCCUCGUACAAAAUUGCCUUGGAGCUGGACGCUGAUGGGAUCAACCAUCUCCUCGCCGACGUCCCGCGCAACAAGAAGCAGAGCUGCAUCGAGCUCCGCAAUGGCCUUGGGCUGAUCCACUCCAUGGCUGACUCGGCCGACCAUCUGAUUGAGAAUGGGCAGCCAGUUGAUGCUAUCAGCCAUCUGAUUGAGAAUGGGAAGCUACUUGAUGCUAUCAAACUGGCGUGUGAUUUGAAUCUGACCGACAAAUAUCCUCCACUUUCCCUCAUGAAUGAUUAUGUUGAGAAGGCUAAGAAGACUGCUCAGGAGAUAUUGAGUAGGGAAGGCGAUUCACCGGACUCUCUGAACCAGGCCAUGGCGAGGCAGGUGAACGCCCUGAUACUGUCGUGGAGGGCGGUGGACGAGCACGUCGAGAUCGCGCACCGCACCGGCAUCAAGGCGGAGAUCACCCAGCUGCUGCACGGAUACGCGCGCAAGCGGCAGAGCUUGUCGGCCGCCGGUUCCUCCUCCUCCCUGCCUGCCUGGAGCCCGCCGCGGCGGCGUCAGGAGCCGCCGCCGGAAGAGGAGGAGGCCGGGCAGAGGCAGAACAAGAAGCGAAAGCGGAAGCCGCACUGGCUGCAGCGGGAGGCGAGGCAGCGCCGGUUCGACGAGCAGCCCAGGUUCUUGCCCCGGUGCGGCGGCGGCGGCGGCGCCCGGACGGGAUCAUAGUAGCCGGAAACGGGGAACGG